UGCUCUUUCGGUGCUGCUAUCAUUGACUGUGUUUUAACUUCCAGGGGACAUCAGCUCCGGCCGGACAGCGAUGGGACGACUGCGAUUUUCAUCCCAAACAACUCGAUUUGAAGCGUGUAAUGAGCGUCACACGUUGAAUAAUUGGUGGUUUUAGUGUUUUUGAUUCCUUUAUGGUUUAUUUCGGCCCUGGUUGUGAAGCGAAAUCGCCCGGGGUGGAACUUGGCUGACUUGCUCGUCUCGGGGGGAAGGAAGUUUGUUGUGGCGAAGGAAGCGCAGGAAACCGGGAGGGCCGAAACAUGAUGGAGGACUUCGGCUCGGCUCUGGAGAAGAACGUCGCCGACCUCACCGUGAUGGACGUCUACGACAUCGCGGCGGUGGUGGGCCAGGAGUUCGAGCGGAUCAUAGACCAGUACGGCUGCGAGGCUCUGUCCCGGCUGAUGCCCAAAGUGGUGCGGGUGCUCGAGAUCCUGGAGGUGAUGGUGAGCCGCAGCAGCAUGAGCCCGGACAUGGAGGAGCUGCGGCUGGAGCUGGACAGGCUGCGGCUGGAGCGGAUGGACCGGCUGGAGAAGGAGAAGAAGCACAGACAGGAGUUGGAGCGGGUGGAGGAUGUGUGGCGGGGAGAGGCCCAGGACCUCCUGUCCCAGAUCGCUCAGCUGCAGGAGGAGAACAAGAACCUCCUGUCCAACAUGUCCCUCAAAGACUCCGUGAACGAGGAGGACCUGCAGAGGCACGAGGGUAUGACGGAGAGGGAGAAGCAGGUGAUGAUGAAGUUGAAGGAGGUGGUGGACAAGCAGAGGGACGAGAUUCGAGCGAAGGACCGCGAGCUGACGCUGAAGAACGAGGACGUGGAAGCACUCCAGCAGCAGCAGUCUCGCCUCAUGAAAAUCAACCACGACCUGCGGCACAAGAUCUCCGUGGUGGAGGCUCAGGGCAAAGCGCUGAUCGGGCAGAAGGUGGAGCUGGAGGCCGGCGCCCAGGCACAGGCGCAGGAAGUCUGCGCCCUGCGGCAGGAAGUGGCGCGCCUACGGGAGCGUCUCCACGGAGAGCCGACGGCGCAGAGCCCCGAGGAGCUCCUGGUGCCUCAGCCCCCGUCACCGGCAGAGCGGGAUAAGAGCGCCGAAGUGGUUUUGAGCGCUGAGGGUUGGUCAGACAGAGCGGGCGCCUGCCGGCUGAUGCCGGGGGGCUUCGAGCCGCCUCCACAGACCCAUCCUUCCUUCCUCAGCUCAGAAGGACGUGAAGAUGAGGAGGCCGAGGACGAAGCUGCGUUGCUUUGGGAGGCGAUGUGCGAGGAGGAGUCAGGCGGACUGGACCCGAAGGACCCCAACCGGCCCCGCUUCACUCUGCAAGAGCUGAGGGACGUCUUGCACGAGAGGAAUGAGCUGAAGGCCAAAGUGUUCCUGCUGCAGGAGGAGCUGACGUACUACAAGAGUGAUGAAGUAGAUGAGGACAUCGCAACUCCUUCUCCGUCUCCCUCCCCGGAGCUGAGGACCCGUUCUCGGUCGUCCGCCCAGCCCGAAUCGGGAAUCAAGCGACUGUUUAGCUUCUUUUCACGCGACAAGCAGCGCGGCGCGCAGCGGGGCGCGCACAUCGACGCCGGAAUUGGUGGCGGCUUCGGAUCCUGGAUGCAGAAAGACGACGUGUACACAGAACAAGCCCAGGAGGCUCUGCAGCAUCUGUAGGAUGAAGGAAUACACUCCACUCCUCCCCACGCACAUCAAACUACCGCUACAGACUCAUUCUGUGCUUCAACCUGAGGGGCCGUGCAAGAAACGAGAGGAUCUUCUCGGAGAAAUGCAUCAAGAGGUUUAUUUAAAUACAUAAGAGACGAUACGUUGUCAGUUUGGAGACUGCGCAGCUUUGAAAUGCCAGAAAGUGUUUUAGUUUUCCAGGAAGGUGGUUGACCCACGUUGAAGGAUGGAGAGGGUGGAUGUUGACGAGAAGAUGAGACGGGAGCGUCAAGCAAAUUUAUUUCGACUGAAAAAAGGAAGUUUUCCAGAUUUUUAAUUUUUUUUAUCAGUAGAAGGGGAAGCUGCGAGGGAAAAUUUGACACGGUUUAGUUUUACGGUAUUUUAACGUUUCCAGCCACGACAUUGGUCCCGACAUGUGAUCACCACCAGCAUUUAGCGACUUCUGAGCGGCUCCACGGAUCAACUCUGCGUCUAAUCAUGAUUUAAAUCGGCUCCAGCACCAGGAGAAGCACAAUGGAGAUACUGGAGGCCAUUAAUGCAAAGAAAACGGCGUGAAUGAGUGAAGGUGAGGCCAUGUCAAACCAGUAAACUAAAACUCAAAAACAAAUGAUAAAAAUGGCAAACUUUGGCUUUAUGAUUGAGAUUAUUCUAUUAUACCAUGGACGUCUUUUUUUUUUAGCAAAAGAAAUUAAAUUUAGGAGAUCUUAUCUCAUUAAGUUGCCUUAAGCAACCUCCUUAGUUCUGAUUAAAAGACCUAAAUACAUGCCAUAUCCCUGAGUCAGCAGAUUUUUUACAUUAAAAUCUUGUAAUUUAUACAUAACAUUAACAAUAUUUUAGUAAAACAAAGAGGACAAGGGUUUUUAAAUCGUUGUAGAGUCAAAACCAUUAAUAGGGUUUGUGUGCUUGCCCUACUAAAACCACAAACAUGUACAGUUGACACUUUUGUUUUGUUUUGUGGGAGUGAUUUUUAUUUUCUCGUCUAACUUCAGCAGUAAAAGUGGAUUUAGGUUUUUCCUUAAAAAAUAUAGCUUUCAAAUCAAUCACUGUAGCUUUGUCAUAGAAUUGCAGUAUAAUAAUUAAUAAUUUUGAGAUAGCUUAUGUAGCUUCUAUGUGAUAUUUAACAUAAAAAUUUUGUGACAUCGGAUUUUCUUGGCAGAAAUAUGAUUCCAUAGAAAAUGUUAUUCGUUCUUUUUGUUUUGACUCACUAUGAAAAUAACCAUUUUCUCCGUCAAUUAGCAAUACUUUUCUACCAGUUGUACCUGGAUGUAUAAAAUAACCCUCCACUAAUCUACUUCUGCAACUCCAACGAUGCCAAAUCGGCCCCAGCGUCCGGUGCCAAACUUUGCAAACCGCCAUUAAAAUUGAAACGGUUGGCUUUAGUUUCGCCGACUUAACCAAAACAUUUUGUUUUAUAUCCGCUUUAUUUCAUGAUUUCAUGCAGAUGUUUCUCUGUGUUGCACUACGUUUACACAAGUCCUGGGAAAAAAA